GAAAUAAAAUUGGAAGAAAAAGUUCUUUACGCGCUUUGUGCCUCCUUCGAUGGGGGAUUAUAGUUAAUGCUCGAAAUUCUUGGAUGUUGCGUCGCUGCUGUCCGUUUUACAUAAGCUGAUCAGACUUGACAGAAGUCGUGAUGGCCUGAUUUCCAAAAUGGUGGACUUCGUGCUUGCUUGCUUCGAUCAUGCUUCGAUGAUUUGAAAGCAUCUGCAAAGUCAAGAAAUGUAAAAAUGCUAUGAACCAAGAACCCAACCUUCCAUGAUCUCCUGAACUAGCUGACCGAUCAAAGGCUGGAUACAAUUUUUCGUGGCUUUACAAGACAAAUUUUGAGAAGAGCAACUUUCAAACCGUCGGGUGCCUUCGACGUAGACAUCCAAUGUGAUGGGAUCGAUGGAAGGCGGAGGAGCGCCUUUAUUGAACGAUUACAAACUUGAAUUCUUCUGGAAGCGUUUUCCUCAGACGCUACUAGGCGGACCUAAGCUAAAGCUGGGCUAUGAAGCACCCUUCUACGUUUAUUUAAACCAACUGCUGAUAUAUUUGACACCAUUCGUUCUUGGAGGUGUGUUUACCAUUUUUGCGGAAUUCGACAUUAUAACCGAUGCAUACGUCAACAGUUACAUUUAUGGCGGCCUUAUGAUCAUAUUUGUACUCAGUACACAGCUUUUUACCUGGCUUAUGCGACGGCGGUCAUCGAAUCUUGCAAAAUUUCAAAAGAAUCUCUUAGCUCAAGACGACGAAAUAGACUUCGUUUCCUGCUGUGGUUUUGAAACACUAGAGUUUCUCUUUCCAGGAAAGAAGUUUAUGGUUAACAUGGUCCUUCAUGGGCUAAUAUCGGGAGUCUUAUGUGCUCUGAUGUUUCUAUAUUUGCUGCCAUCGACAUUGAAUGGACUAUACUCCAACACAGGGGCAACUGUUAUUGUGUUUAUACUUGGUUGGUGGGUGGUCUGCAUAGCUCAAUACUCUUUGACUUCAAAACCUCCAACAGAGCUGGCCAUCUUCAGAGCCCUUGAUAGCCUAGAAGUCACUCCACUGAUGAGACCAUUUUAUGUGCUAUUAUUUGGAAUAAUUGGUGUUUUGGCAAGGUAAUUUAUCAACACAUUACAUGUAAAUGCUCCUACAACACCCCCGCCCCCCCACCAGCCACUGGUGGAUCUAGGGGACUUGUUAAGAGUCCUUGUAUUUCCCUCUUUUUAGAAGAUUCACCGCUGCCCCCCAUAAUAAUGGGAAUGACCAUUCUGAGGGUGUCAGCUACUACAAGAGCAGAUGCAUUUCCCUCUGCCAGGAACGAAACUCUUUUUUUGUUUCAAGUAGCCUGUGUACAGACGUCCCCACUCCCUCAGGAAAAAUCUAGAGAGGAGACGUCUGUGAAUCGCCGUCGUUGUUCCGGCAUACAUUUGCGUAAAUUUUUUUUUUGUUCAUUCGCUGACAGGUGAAAAGGCACAGAUAGGUCGAAAAAUAGCUCUGGCGUCUGUGCACAGGCUAGCCGAACAUGUCCACCCAAAAAUCCAGAUAUAAGAUCUCUGAUUACAGUCAAGCCAGGUGAAGUGUACCUCCCAAGAUCCAUUAAUGUAUUUAUUAUUCAAAAUUAAGUUGAACCGUUGGUAGUUGUAGAUUUCAGAUUCACGUGUGCAUUUUUGCAUGCGUAAUGAGCCGUGAAUUCACACGUGAUUUAGUCACGAAAUUUCUACCAGCUCAGUUUCCCUGAAUUUGAUGUAAAUGUCUUCUAACACAUUUAAUCCAUUCAAAGAUUUUCAUUCUGACCAAAUGCAGAGAAGUUCUCUUAAAAUAUUCACUGCUCAUUACGCAUACAGGAAUGCCGAUUUAAAUUUGACACCAGUUACGGGAACGACUAACGGAUUCAUUUUUUCAAAUAAUCAAUUCAUCAAUAGCAUCUUUUUGGGGUAAGGUUGACCUGCCUUGGCUGUUAACAUUGGAUUUUGUAUGCCUUCUCUUUUAUUUACAAUACCGACUGGUACAGACAGACGCAUCCACAGCCGGUGCAACAAUCAUCGGUGGUCUUAACUUCUCAUGCCUUUUAGAGAGAGCCGAAAUACAAAUAUCGGUAAACAAAUGUCCACAAAGGCUGAGCUUUUCCCUGGGGAAUCUAUUCUGAGGUUCAUUCACCAAUCAACAUUACCGCCUUUAUUUGGUGGCAUUAACAUUACAACAAUCAGAGGGUUGUCCCCAACAUUCAAAUGACAUGCUCAAUUACUCCUUCAUAUGUGAAAUUUUCUGAGGGGAGGGGGGGACAUCUGACAUGUGCUACUUCCCAAACAAUCUGCAAAAAACAUUAUGUCGUCUUGAAGUUCCGCAUCAGGCCUUUUUGUCAAUCAACAUGUUAUGUGGUUUGCAAACCAAGAAUUUAAGGAAAAACUAUACACUUAUAGCCACAUAUGAUUAUUGAACACAAUAAAUAUUUUCAGAGCCAUUUUUUUUCUGUUAUUAUUAUUUUAGAGAAUAAUUAAACAUUAAUUAUAUUUUUGCUUUAGGAAUUAUCCAGAGCUAGUGUCAGUUGACAAAGCAUUACACAUUUUAUUCGCCUUCCUCCCUUUGCUGUGGACUCUGGGUAUCUUGCCUCCUCUUGAUGCAUUGUUUUCUUGGCUGGCAGAGCAGGUCCUGGUGCUAGUGCUUGGUGGGUCACCCAUGGCAACAGAUUUAAGGUCAGUAACCUUGUUCUACACAUCUCACAGAACUUAGGCAUAAAAAAAUAUAACCUGUUGUCAAUAGCAGCUAAGGUUAAGGGCAAAAAUUAAAUCUACUGGACCCAGCCUUCAUUAUUAAGUUGAGGUUUGAAGGUAGUGUUAACAGGAAAUUGAUCAAUCAGUCAAAGAUGGUAACACAUAGUAGUGAAACUCACAAAUAAACUUGUGGCCUCUGACAGGAAAGGAUAUCUUACUGGCCAAGAAGAGGUUUUAUUAAGCAUAAAGUUCUAAGAGCUGUUUCGUUUAAGUUUCAGGUUAGUCCUGUAAAUUUGUGUCUUAUUUUUUCCUACCUGUUUCAGAUUACUUGUGAUCUUUGUCUUUUCAAGUCUUGUGGUUGUCAUGACAACAUUCAUCACCAGCAACACUGCAAAUAUCAUGAUAUCUGCUUGCUUUGGCUUCAUUCUAAGUGUGGACAUUUUUGGCUUUGCAUUGCAAGUGCAAGACAAGUUGAGCAGCAUAGACACAAAGGAUCCAGCAUCAUGUUGGAAAUUAAAAGAAGUCAUCAUCUUUGCUGUUAUGUUAUCGCUAACAGCUGUCGUGGCCGGUGUUUCAAGCCAUUUUUCAUCUUCUGGAAGUUUGCAGAUAUUUGAGUCCUUUGGUUUUGUAUUUUUGGUGCUCUGGGUUUUAGUGAAGAUCCUGGGAGAUAUACAGAGUGUCAGCAUCUUCUUUGGUUUAUUUAGAAAUCCACUUUACCCAGCAAGUAUUGAUUCCUCAGGGGAAUUUAAGAAGAGGAAAAAGGCUUUGAAAUAUGUAGGACUUGUUCGGCAAGGAUUGCUUGUUUAUGGUAAGAUUUAUAAUAUUUAUUACACCAUGUCAUGAAUAAUAAAAUUAUUGACACGUUGUUUAUGGUAGCUUAACCCUUUAAGCUCCAAUAUCCACAUACAAAUUCUCCAAACUGAUCUCCAUACAUCUCCUUUAACAAUUAGUUGAGAAAAUUUGAUCAAAGAUCAAAGCAUUUUCUCUAUGGUGAUCAUUUUAUUAAUUCUCAUAGCUUUAUCUCUUGACAGUGUAUGGAUAUUGUUAGGAGAAACUUGUUGUUGGUCACUAUUGGCACUUAAAGGGUUAAAACAAUUAAGAAGGGGGUCAUUAGAUGGAAAAUCGUGAGACUUACCAAGAGGCCAAACCCUUGCUGAUUUAGUUGUAUUAUCAUUCUUUUCAGUAUCACCUCUACUGCAAGUUGCGUUCCUCAGUAUGUUUCUCCUUCCUGGGCAGCCGAGCAUUUCAAACUUUGUCCUGGCUGUUGGGACUGUAAGAGCACUGAGACAGGUAAGCCAGAUUUUAUUUUGAGGUGCAGAUCAAAAUGGAAACUCAUGGAGACCAAUAUUUGGUUUACAAGGACAUGCUAUUAAAGGCCAGAUGCUAAGUACUACAUAUAUGAACCCAGUUAGAAGAUCUGCAAACCCCAGAAUGCAUAGCAGGAACUUAUUUUCUGUUCCAAGGAAAACCCAUCCUUGUUACUAGAAAGCCGGCAGCUUUUUGAACUCUUAGGGCUACAUAAUUAAAAUUUAAGGCUCCACAUGGCUCAGAGUUUUCAAAGCUGAGCUCAUGUAACUAAUCGGAUGUCCUGUGAGCACACGCAUGAAAUCAUGUGAGAAUGCUUCUGUGCUUUGAAUUACUGCUCAUUUCUGCUUACACAACUGAAUAUUUAGAGCUGCUGUGACUGAUCAUAGCAAUCAUUUGUUCUACCACUCAUAGUGCACUAGCUCCAUGAUAAAACUAUUCCACUCAUGUGCCCAUAGGUCCACUGGAUGUUUCUUACCGUAAAGUGACAGUUCUACCCAACCGGCCAAAGCUGAAUUUGCUCUACACUAUAACUCACUCAUUGUUUAUCAUAUUUCCAUUUCAGGUUUGGCAGAACACAUUUAACUCCCUGUUAGAGGUGUCAGUUGUUUGCCUGAGUGUGACAGCUUUUGGUUCGGAUGUCGCUGCCUGGUGGGCUUCCGCCGGGCUGGGCUUACAGUUAAUGCUGGUAGGAGCCUGCCGCAACAGGCUGCAGCCACUGUUUGAAAAACUUGUCUUCAUGAUGACCCUGGCUGUGACAUCCUGGAAGCUGCCUAAGCAAAGACACAAAUCAACAGUGCCCAUCUUAGUGACAUCUGCCAUUCUUUUCCCGGUCAUCAUUGCCAUACUUGGCAUGUCAACUGUAUUAGCAGCUCCACUACUUCCAGUGUUCUGUCUUCCUAUCUUCCUAAUUGGGUUUCCUCGACCAUUGCGUUCCUGGCCCUCCGCAGCCAGCACUGCAGCGGCAAGCUGUCCAGAUUCCGUGUAUUACAAACAGCUGAUGCCUCAAGUGGUCUCCAACCUUGGUGUCACUGUGUCAUUGGGUGCCCUGGGCAAUCCUGACCCAGGGGAUCAUUUCUUGGUGCGCUUUCAGGACCGGCUUGUUUGGGUCCACAUUCUUGAGAGUGGUUAUAAGUUUUGUACCGUAGUACUAAAGGGACUUGAGCUGCAAGAGACAUCGUGUCACACCGUGGAAGCCACUCGCGUCGAUGACGUGUUCCAGGAUAUUUUUGUCCAUGAAGGCAAAUGGCCACUGGUGUCUUUAAACAGUCACGUGUCUAAUGUUCUAAGGCCAUGUGAUUCGCUAGUAAUAAACACUUACUCAGAUGCAAAAAAUGUUCUGACUGGAGUCAUUGAUCAACCAGAAAAUCUAAGGCGUAACUCCGAGAAUUUCUUGAAGACACUUGUUUGGGUUUUGGUCAAAUACUGCAAAGAACAUGAGUUUGGCAACAACGACAGCAGUGCACGACAUGUGCCAGUGAGCAUUCCAGAAGAAGAGACAGUAGUAAAUGUUCCAGUUGAUGAUUCACCGGUUUUCAGACCAAAAGAAGUUGUGCUUGAUCGGCUGUUAAGUCAGGAUGACAUUGAACUUCAUAAUUUACCAAAGACUUUACAACAAGAAAAAGAUCAGUCUACAGGAGUGGCUACAGCUAAACUUCAUAGAAGCGGCUCGUUGCCAAGUCUAAGUGACAGCGUCUGGUCACAAGAAAGCUUAAAACUUGACGAUAGCUUCACAAGUCCUGGAAAGCAAAUGCCACAUUCACAACAUCCAGUAUCUGAUGAGGGUGUGGACGACCUGGAGGAUUCAUUAAACCUUGGUGGCUUUCCAGCGCUGGACAUCGGCCGCCCCAAGGCAUCAACAACUCAAAAAACAAUUAGAAAUCCACCUGAACGGUUUAAUGCAGUCUCGAGUGACUUGCAGUACAUAGCUAGUAAUAGUGGAGUUUUCAGUAACAAUGCAGGUGCCAGCAGUAGUGUAGAGCCAGCGGUAUUCACGUCAGAGCAUGCUUACAAACUUGACAUGCCAUCUAACUGGAAGUUUUCCAUUCCGGUGGACAAGCAUCAUAUAGAUUCUUUAUCCAGCAAAUUUCCGGAUUUCUGGUUGAGACAUGUCAUUAAGUCUCAAAACUUUGGAAAUGACAACGAGACUGUCGCGCAAAGCAUCAUUAAUGAUCCCGCUCUAAUUGGAAUCUAUAAACAAUUAACAUGCGCUUGUUAUGCGGUGGUGGAAGUGUUGGGUUUCCCAGGAUCCUCUGCAACAACUGCAGGUCCGGGUCACGUGCAUAAGGUGUACUCCGGCAACAUCCCAUGGUCAAUGAAUCUUGACUGGCUAGAGAAGGAUACUCAACUUAAAUCCCUCGUUCUGAAGGCAUACAGGUACAUGUACAAAGCAAUAAUUAACCCACAGAUCUACAAAGAGUUUUUCAAUACUAAUUAGUGCGAGUGCGUGAAAAAGCGUCAUUUUAGUGGGAAAACGCGAUAGCUGUCGCCAUUUCCUUAUUCCCUUUGAAAGAGAUUUCUUGUUGCCAUGCGUGAAUCGCGUGCGUCUGUUUAGUAGAGAGCUUACACAACGACGACGGCUACAAAAUCGUCACUUAAAACUAAGUGAAUUCGCGCUGCUUCAAAAUUUAUUGCGCUUCCUCCAUCUCCUUUCAUUUAUCGAAUGUUAGCAAAUUUUUUGCUCGCAGGCUAAAUCAAAGAGGCCGUAUCGAAGUGCAGGAAAAGAAAUAGAAAGCCGUUAUGUUGUGUUCAAAUUCUCCACAAAACGUGAAAUUAGGCGUGUUCACGUUUUAGUCGUGCAGUGACAGCAAAGAAGUGUACAAAAUAGCGUGAUGCACGUGCAGAGUUGUUGUUUUGCUAAUCUGAACCUACCGCUUUUUUACCGUUCUAGUUGCCGUCGCCUUCGUUGUCGCUUAAGCUCCCUAGUAAAAGAUCACAGAUGACAUCAAAAUGACAGGGGCUCCCAACGUCAAUUUUCGGAAAAUAUCUGUUUGGAAGACGAUUUGAGAUCCAGAAUUUUCGGAACAUUUGUUGUAAAAUUUCUAGCUUGCCUGUCUCUCCUAGGAUUUUUGAAUACCUAAAAAAAUGGUAUAAUUGCCCAUUUUAAACGGAUUUUUUCCCUAAAAAGGUCACGUAGCAUUUUCGGGAGCCUUUUUUCUGGCUGAAAUUUAAGUUUUGAUCCCUAUAAUUUUGGGAUCACUGGACUUUCAGCUAGGAAAUUCGAACAGCCUAUAUCUACCGUUUAAAUACUAAAAUACGUUUAACAAUGCUAUGUGACACGAGUCGCAGGCGAGUGUGUCAUCGAUGUUUUUACCACAUUUUGACGUCUUCUGUGAGUCAUUACUGAACAGACCCACGGCAACAUGGAAUAUAUUCUUUUUGUGAAGUGAAGAAAAAAAACACAAACCUACCUCGUACAGCUUGACUUGGUUGGAUGAUCUGUGCCAGUUUAGGCAUUUUCCAAGUCACAAACGCUACUUUCCUUCUCUGGUUCUUCUUUUCUUCUUUAUCUUACUUGAAGACAGUACCUCCGAAGAGUAAUUCAACGCUUUCCCUUGCUCAAAGCAUAAUAAUGGCGAAAACAUUUUGCAGAACUGCGAGUCUCUAGUAGCGAUGACACGAUGGCAACUGUUAAGAAGAUUUCUUCCAGUUCAGGCAUUUUCAAGUUGUCAAGAACUCUUUCCGUCCCGUUUUCUUCGUUCUUCUUACUUGAAAUUACUUCUGCUAAUUUUUUUUCGUGGUCUUCUCUUGCUUAAUCCGAAAUAAUCUCGCAACCAUUUUCAAAACUGCCCGCCAUGUUGUACAAAACAAAGAAGACAAGUUCCCGUGACGUCAUCCAUGUGUCUGAAUUCAAAUAGACCAUGGGCAACGAGUCGUGCAACGACCAAUCGAUGCGCGCCUAAUAUUCGCCUCAUUAUUUAAUACGCGUUUUAAAACACGCUAUCAAAUGCUAGAAGUUUCAUAACUUUGCGAUCGGGAGAGGGCUUAGGGCCCAGCUAGUGGGGCCCAUAUUAAGUGUAGUAGUAAGUUGUUUUAACAUAUUUUACCAGAGAAACUGUUUAGUUCCCAGACCCCUGAUCCAGACCUUCAGAAUCGUUACUACUGUACUACUUAAUAUUUUGUGUUCUUCGUUUUUACAGGUAUGCAUUCAAGUUAACAUAUGACGAAGCGGUUCUUGGGGAAGUGACCAGUGAAGAUGAACUGGUAGAGUACUUGACAGAGUACGACAGGGACUGGUACUUAGGUUCUGAGACAGAUCGUGAUUGGCAGACGUCUAUCAUGGCGGACAAACCGUAUCUUUUCUCGUUGGGUAGAGAUAAAAGCCAGGUAGGAAAAAAAUUUGCUUCCUCAUAAAAAUCAUUCAGCAUUCUCUGUGUCAUCGUCUCCAGCUUUGUUCAGUUUUUCAGUGUACUCAUUCAGCUGUGUCACAUAGGUUUCCGUAGCUAAAGUAAUUGCGGUAGUGGCCUAACUUUGGGUCCAUGCGAAUCCCUUUCUGAGACAAACACCGUGGGGAAAAGCGAUAGGUGUCCGUCUUAUUGAAAGCUGUCAAAGAAAAGUAAAAUGCCUGAGGAGCUAACCUACGUGGCAGGCGUUCGAAGGGGAAGGGGAAGGGGAUUUUGGUCGUGAGAGAAACGCGAGAGGCGCGCGAGGAGGGAGGGAGGGAAACUCCCUCGCGCGCGUUCCCGCGGCCAAAUUCCCUUCAACUUUCAUUUUGAACGCCUGCCACGCAGGCUGGGAGCAACUUUAGGUGUCCGUUUUAGCAAGGUAUCCCUCUUAUAGAGAGUCAACUAAAAGGAGUAAUGAACGGGCGGGAAACAACUCUGGGUGUCCGCUUUAAGGAGGUGUCUGUCUUAAGGACAGCGUCAGAGAAAAUGUCGAAAGAGCAAAUGUAAGUAACUCUUUAAAUAGAUUUUAUAACCAUUAUCAUUCCAAGAAGAUGUAUACCGUAGGGAAAAUAGGUGGUUUCUGGCGCAAUCGUUAAUAAAUACUCAUAUUUUCUAUCUUUUGUCAGGGCACAUACACCAGCCAUGUUCUGACAAAGCAAGAGAUUAUUGCCCCUGUGGGGCGCCUGAAUGGAGAGUGUGUACGAGGACAAUGGGCCUCACUGGCGCUGGAGCUGCUAUAUCUCACUAAUGAUGACGAAGAGCGCUACAGUAUCCAGGCCCACCCCACCCUACUCAGGAACCUUACCAUCCAAGCAGCCGACCCUCCUCUAGGAUACCCUGUCUAUUCUUCAGGGGCUGUAUCAGCACCUCUUGUUGUAGCUCCUCUGUAAAAGGUCCUUUGGCUGUCCAAUCGUAAGCAAUCAAGGGCGUCCCCAACCUGGCAGUAGGCCCUUUUCUUGGUUACCUUAUGCACCUCUUAGUGACAAACCAGCACCCCUUAGAAGCUCUUCUGCGUCACAGAGGUUAUACUGGGACCCUAGCUGUUGCAGUUCGUUCAUUGUAAAGCUGCUCAGGGACCUUGUCAUCCUAGGAGCAAAGUCUCCUGUCUUCAGAAUCAAGUCGCUACCCUGCAUCUCAAAUUAUUGAGCCAGAACAACACACACCCGUCCACAAUUUAUUCAUACAGUAGUUAUUUUUAUGUGCAAAGAUCCCAAAGUAUGGCGGUAAACCAUAUCGAAACAGCAAACGUUUUAUUACCAGGAGAAGUUAAAAAUUGACAAAAAAGCGAUGAUGGGUGGCGUCCAUCUAAAAAGGCCGACAGAUUUUCAAGCUAUGCUAGCUUCGACUUGUACUCGAUACAGUACCUCAUUAAACAGGCCUCAUUAUUCCACGCGACCGUAUCGCGUGUUCUGUUCGAAGUCGUGACCGUCAAGACCGGGAAAAAGCCCAUACAGUGACCGGGCAACUCUUGGCAACUCAUCGCCCAUGAUCGCAUUCAGUCACUGUUUGUCCUCAACCUCUUCACCAUGACCUUCGCAUUUUCUAAAGGAAAAUCCCUGGGGCCUGGGGCCAAGGCUUUGUUUGACCUUUCUAACAACAGCGAGCACAGCUUAUCGGAAAUUAAAUGAAAGUGUAAAAUCGUGCGAACCGAAAAUGAAACGUGCACAGCGCAUUUCUCCGCUUCUUGAAAGUUUUCCCAGUAACAUAUCUCCCCUGAGUUUUCUUACGUGCAAGUUUUUUAGUUGGGUUUGACCCUUAUUUAGGAACUAGAAGUAUGAAAAAAAAACAUAAAGCGAGCAAAAGUUUCCUUUUCGACAUCGUCAUAGCUGUCACGUGUCUGUCGUACUUAAAAAUCUCAAGUAUCGUGCAAAAAAAUCAUACCCUCAAAUUGUUGUACAUAAUUAGUACACGGAUGACCAGUUGCAAGCUGUAAAAAGCAGUGUUUAAAAUAUAAAGUGUGAAUAAAAAGAACAACUUAAAAGUGAACUUGGUUGAGUAUUGCGCAGUCUUUGUGUAGGCUACAGAUAAACCACAUGACGUAGCCUCGUUCCCGGCCAUUCCCGGCGCAGUCGCGUUCGGUUCUAAGCCUCCUCCGCUCACUCGGAUAGCGUGAAUUGGCCUGGGGACGAGGUUGCACACUAAUUUGCACACUACCUAAAAUCCCUGAUUCGCUCUGGCAACUCUUGGGAAAUUGAGCUUUAUGAAACAAAGGCGCUGAUGUUGAGAAGCUGUCACUAUGGCACCGAAAUGAACACAACCUUGUUCCCAGCUAAGGGUCUACAGGUCACCAAGUUGACCUGAAGCAUACCGCGAAAGCUACUUCCGGUGCUCGUAGCUCUCAGCCUAUACAAGCUUUUCACAUUUCUGCGGGGCCAAAAAUCUGAAA